AUGGUGAUGGCGGCGAAGAAGGGUCCAGGCCCGGGUGGAGGGGUCAGCGGGGGAAAGGCGGAAGCGGAGGCGGCCUCGGAGGUGUGGUGUCGCCGGGUGCGGGAACUGGGCGGCUGCAGCCAGGCCGGGAACCGCCACUGCUUCGAGUGCGCCCAGCGCGGGGUCACCUACGUGGAUAUCACCGUGGGCAGCUUCGUCUGCACCACCUGCUCAGGCCUCCUGAGAGGCCUGAACCCCCCUCACCGAGUCAAGUCCAUCUCCAUGACAACUUUCACUGAGCCUGAAGUAGUAUUCCUGCAAUCCCGUGGAAAUGAGGUAUGCAGGAAGAUUUGGCUGGGUCUUUUUGAUGCUCGGACGUCAUUAAUACCAGACUCCAGGGAUCCUCAGAAGGUGAAGGAGUUUCUCCAGGAAAAAUAUGAGAAGAAGAGAUGGUAUGUCCCCCCAGACCAAGUCAAGGGGCCCGCUUAUACCAAAGGCAGUGCCUCCACCCCCAUCCAGGGCUCCGUCCCAGAAGGGAAGCCCCUGCGGACUCUUCUAGGGGAUCCCGUGCCAUCUCUCUCUGCUGCUGCCUCCACCUCUAGCCAGUCUGUCAGUCAGUCUCAGCCUCGGACGUCCCAGCCCCGGAGCUCCCAGCCACCUGCCCAUUCCUCAGUCAAGAAAGCCAGUACUGACCUGCUGGCUGACAUAGGUGGAGACCCCUUUGCUGCUCCCCAGGUGGCACCAGCUUUUGCUGCAUUCCCAGCCUUUGGGGGCCAGACACCUUCCCACGGAGGCUUUGCCAACUUUGAUGCCUUUGGCAGUAGCCCUGCCUCUUCUGCAUUUGGAAGCAUUCCUCCAGCUGGCCAAGGCCCGUUCCAGGCCCAGCCAACACCCGCAGGGAGCAGCCACGUGACUCCAUUUGGUGCCUCUCCUCUGGCACCUGCCAGUCAGCCCAACAGCCUCGCAGAUAUGGGCAGCCUCCUGGGGCCCGGAGUGCCAGCUGCAGGUGUUCCUAGCAGCAUCUUCGGGGUGGCCGGCCAGGUCCCCACGCUCCAGUCGGCCACAGCUGGUGGAAGCAGCGGCACAGGGCUUGCCUUUGGAGCCUCCACCAACCCUUUCACAGCGCCUGCUGCUCACCCCCAGCUGCCUCCCACCAACCCGUUCCAGCCCGAUGGCCUGGCCGCAGGGCCCAGCUUUGGGAUGAGCAGUGCUGGGCCUGGCUUCCCCCAGACAGUGCCACCCACCAGGGCCUUUGUCAGCACCUUCCCACCACCGCUGUUCCCCCCACAGACCUCGAUGACUCAGCAACAGAAUGGCUCUUCCUUCAGUGACUUAGGAUCAGCCAAACUGGGGCAGAGGCAACUCAGCCAGCCAUCUGGGACAUCCACCAACCCCUUCAUGACUGGAUCCUCAUCAAGCCCGUUUGCCUCCAAACCUCCAACCACCAACCCAUUUUUGUAGCACUGUGUCC